AUGGGAUCUGUGUAUAGAGAUAAAAAAAGCUUUCACGAGGUAGUGUUAACGAUAAAGGAAAAAAUAGAAAAAUAUGAUUUAAACAAAUGGAAAAAUAUUGUGAAGCCAGAAGAAGAGACCUUAUACAGUAAGUAUUUUGAGGAACUGUUAAAUAAAGCGGGAAAUAAGGAGGUGGAUAAGGAAAACACAAAAAUUGAUAAUAGCAAGGAUAUUAUAAGUGAAAAAAGUAAAAAAGGGUAUGAGAUAAACAAAGAAUUUUUUGACAAGAUAAGUAACAAAGAAAAAUUUUAUUUUUUAUUGAAUAUAAAGGAAAUGAUGGAAACAAGCUGGUUACUAGCCGACAAAAGGUUAGAUGGCAUAAAAUUAGAAGAAACAUCUGAACCUGUAAAUGUGCAAGAACUAAUUAAUUAUUCCAGCAUAUUGUCCGAUACAACAUGUGCACCACCUGAAUGUGAUAACAUAAAUGAUAAAUUAAUACAUCAAGAAUAUUAUCCAAAUUAUCAUUUUUUAAAUUUUGUAAAUAUCGAAGAAAUACAUUUGUCUAAAUUAUUUCAAUUACAGAAAUAUAGUACUAUUUGUUUUCCUCCUAUUAUUACUAUACAGGAAUAUAAUAACAUCUUAGUUGUUGAUAUUUCUUGUUCAACACCAAGUACAACUAUUUAUUAUAGGGUAAACGAUGAAAUAAAGGAGCAAGUAUAUGAUGCCAAUAAUAAGCCCAAAAUAAAGAAAAGGAAAAAGGUUAAUAUAUAUGCAUGGUCAGUUAAAACAGGAUUUAUAAAAUCUAGAGUUUCAUGUAUUUCUAAAUCAUAUCAAGUUGAAGAAGAUGAUGUAUCUUUAACAAACGAAAUGUUAAACAUUGAACAACUCGAUAAACCCUCAUUUGUAGAGAAAGUUAAUAAGGAUGAAAACACUUCUGACAAGCCAUCCGCUAUUACAAAUGUGUUUAAAAAUUUAGGUUUCUUAUUAAGUAGGAAAAAGGAAAAAUCAUCAGAAUCAUCAUCAAAUGGAGGCUCUUCUUCAGGUGAAGAUUAA